CUGUUCCUGAGUUUCGGAAAAUCAAGCAGUGUGUUGAAGGAAAGGUAACAACAAGUGUAAAUCCAGGGGACCUCGACAGGUAGGAACAAGCAGCAAGAGUUUGGAUGUAUUAUUUUGAAGCAUAUGAUGCAAGUGGCUAAAUGAUGGAGAUACAGUACCUGCAUGGACUUUGAAGAGAAGGAUGAUCGGGACCAUACCCUUUUUUUAACCCAGUUGUGAUGCUCAUGGACAACUUUUUCAUGAAGAACAUAUGAAAACACAUUUUGGCUGAUCCUGAAUCGUGACUCUCCACAGCUUUCUGGUCAUCUAAUCAAGACUCCCCAGCCUCCAUCCAGCUCAGCCCACGUUGUCUGUUAUCGCUGCAGAAAUUAAAUUACACCUGCCUUCAUCUCAAAUACAGACCUCUGCGAGAACUCUUUUCCCUUUUGUAAUUUUCACUACCAAGUCCAAGGAUCCAUUCUUCUAUGUAUCUAACUCUGUGAGAUUUCAGUGCCUCUUUCGGCUUGAAUCCCUUAGCCAUCCCUAGUAGUUCCCAUUACUCUGAGCUCGGCAGCACCCACCCUCUAUUGCUCCUUACUGGUUGACUCCUUGGGUCCUGAGCCAGGAUGAAUGACAUCCAGGAUGCUACCUCCCCAGGGGCCGCCCUUGGUGGCCCUGUCGCCUGCGUCUCCAAAGUGGAGCUGCGCGUCGCCUGCAAGGCCCUGCUGGACCGAGACACACUGAACAAGUCUGACCCAUGUGUCAUACUCAUGGUGCAGAACCAGGGACAGUGGACAGAGCUUGACAGGACAGAGGUGAUCAAGAGCAACCUGCACCCGGUCUUUGCCAAGGUCUUCACCCUGGACUAUUACUUUGAGGAAGCUCAGAAGCUGCGGUUCGAGGUCUACGACAUCCAUGGCACUCACAGUAUUGGCACCCGCGAUGACGACUUCCUGGGUGGGGUGGAGUGUACGCUCGGCCAGAUUGUAGCCCAGAAGAAGAUGGUGAAGCCUUUAUUCCUAAAGUAUGCGAAGUACGCUGGGAAAUCCACCAUCACGGUACACGCUGAAGAAAUUUCUGGCAACAAUGGAUAUGUUGAACUGUUCUUCUGUGCCAAAAAACUGGAUGAUAAGGAUCUCUUCAGUAAGUCAGACCCCUUUUUGGAAAUAUAUCGAAUCAACGAUGAUGGGACGGAACAGCUCGUUCACAGAACUGAGGUAAUCAAAAACAACCUGAACCCCGUGUGGGAGCCCUUUAAAGUGUCUCUCAUCUCUCUGUGUAGCUGUGAUGAGGACAGGAAGCUCAAGUGCCUAGUCUGGGAUUACGAUUCCAGGGGAAAACACGACUUCAUCGGAGAGUUUUAUGCCACCUUCAGAGAAAUGCAGAAAAUUGGCGGUGGAAGCAAGGUCACAUGGGAUUGCAUGAAUCCAAAGUACAAACUGAAGAAAAAGAACUACAAGAACUCUGGGGUGGUCAUCCUCAGUGAUCUCAAGCUUCACAGAGUGUAUUCCUUCCUGGACUACAUCAUGGGAGGAUGCCAAAUCCACUUUACAGUGGCCAUUGACUUCACAGCCUCCAACGGAGACCCACGGAACAGCUGCUCCCUACACUACAUCAACCCGUACCAGCCCAACGAGUAUCUGAAGGCUUUGAUAGCAGUGGGGGAGAUCUGUCAGGAUUAUGACAGUGACAAAAGAUUUUCCGCCUUGGGAUUUGGUGCCAGAAUUCCACCCAAUUACGAGGUGUCCCAUGACUUUGCCAUCAAUUUCAACCCAGAGGACGAUGAAUGUGAAGAGAUUCAGGGGGUGGUGGAGGCCUACCAGAACUGCCUGCCUAAGAUCCAGCUGUAUGGCCCCACCAACGUCUCUCCCAUCAUCAGCAGGAUAGCCAAGCUGUCAGCAGGAGAGGAGACCAUCAAAGAUGCCUCACGUUACCACAUCCUGCUGAUCCUCACGGACGGCGUGGUGACAGACAUGGCAGACACACGCGAGGCCAUCGUGCGCGCCUCCUACCAUCCCCUGUCCAUCAUUAUCGUUGGCGUGGGCAAUGCAGACUUCACAGACAUGCAGAUCCUGGACGGGGAUGACGGGGUGCUGCGCUCACCCAAAGGAGAGCCCGUCCUCCGAGACAUUGUGCAGUUUGUGCCCUUCAGAGACUUCAAAACAGCCUCGCCCGCUGCCUUAGCCAAAUGUGUCCUGGCGGAAGUGCCCAACCAAGUGGUGGAGUACUACAGUCACAAGGCCAUCUGCCCCAUGCCGCCUGUCCCAUCAUGUGACUCUCCCACCUCCCUUGCCAACACCCCUACAGAAUCACUGCCAGCAGUGGGGACCACGGCCUGACUACAUCUCUGUCCAGCAGAGAGAGCGAGAGAGAGGGUGCAUAUCGCUGCUCUGGACCAAGAACCAUGGUCAUUAAUAUUAGUGUUGUUAUCAUUCCUUUUUCAUUCGUACAGCGUUCACACACAGACUAGAAACUGAAACCUUUGGAUUGUUUUCUCUCUCCGUUCGGAUCAUGUCCCUCUGCCUGGCUGUGCAUCCAUCUGCCUGUUCAGCAUGAUGCUGGAGCCUUCGUCCUCUUCCUCCUGUUUUGGGGAUGCAUGCAGGUGAAUCCCUCCCAGAGUUGAUCAACUAUGGUCACAUGCUCUCUGUCACCUUCUACCCUGAUACUGGCACCUCGGCCCUCAGUUGAUUUUUCUAUGACUUCUAAGGUUCUCCAAGGCGUCAGUCUGCUUCUCCUCUGUGUCCAUUUUGCUCUGCUGUGUCUCUCUAAGUCUGACUGCCCAUCACUGGUAUUGUCGGAAGAGCCUGUCAAAUGAAGGGAGGGGGGG